AUGGCUAACAGCCCUUCGCUCUCUAGCCCCACUUUCCUGAACAAGAUCGAUCAACUGUUCGGCCACAAUGUUGGCAAGUCGAUCGAGCCUGCGCAGCUCGUUGUCGUUGGAGACCAGGGGAGCGGCAAAAGCUCCGUGUUGGAAGGGCUGACGCGGCUUCCAUUCCCACGCGAUAGCACAUUGUGUACACGCUUUGCGACACAGAUCGUUUUCCGUCGAACCAUGCAUCAGCCUCGAACAAUCACAGCGAAAAUCAUCCCAGCACCGCAGACAAGCGCUGAAGCCGAACUCAAGCUCAAGUCCUGGGCAAGAGCUAUGCCUGGUGAUGACCUGGAUGCGCGAAAGUUCUCGGAGCUGGUGCAGCAGGCACAUGCCGCAAUGGGCGUUCGAACCACAGUUGACCAAGCCAAACCGACCUUCUCACAGCACGUCUUCUACCUAGAAAUCAGCGGCCCUGAGGAAGACCAUAUUUCGAUCAUUGAUCUUCCUGGACUAUUCAGGGCUGCCGGAACCGGAGGCUCAACCAAGUAUGACUCUGAGAUGGUACUCAAUUUGGUCUUGAAGUACAUGAUCGACCCUCGCUCAAUUAUACUUGCUGUGGUUCCUGCCAACGUCGACAUCGUCACCCAAGAUAUCAUCCUUAGGCUCCGGGAGGUGGAUCCAGUCGGGAAACGGACCCUCGGUAUUCUCACCAAGCCGGAUCUUGUUGAGAAUGGGGAAAAGAAGCAGGCUCUGGACUUGUUGACGGGUAAGGCUCUGCCGCUGCAGCACGGUUGGGUUCUAGUUCGCAAUCCUGGAAAGAGCGAAAUGACCGCAAACGACGAAGCUCGCAACGACCUCGAAGAAAAGCUCAUUCGUCAGGACUGCUGGAAAAAGGUCCCCCGAGAACGGUUUGGUAUGGAAUCACUUCGACGACGUGUACAAGAGGCUGUUGUAGAGCAGACUCGACGGCAGUUUCCCGAGGUGCGGUCGGAAAUCAACAGGAAGCUUAACGAGGCAAAGACAGCACUAGCCAUCCUAGGUGAGGAAAGGAACAACCCGAAAGCACAAGCCGAUUUCCUGCUGGAUAUCGUCGCCAAAUUUCAGGACGUUCGAGCCAAAGCCCUCAGCGGUAACUAUACUUCGAGAGACCUUUUCGACAAAGCCCAGUUGGCUCGCCUGGCAACAACUGUACUCACAAGAAACGAGCAGUUUCAGCACGACAUGAUACGGUUUGGACACGUUUACGCCUUUCAGCCCAACGAGACCGAUUUUAGUGGCCAGCAUCAGUUGACCGAUCAAUCUAGCCCGGCGAGCGCACAGCAGGACACGCAACUCCGUACGCGUAGAAUUGACACACAUCUAGAGGUCAGCGAUAUUCUGGUCGAAUGCGAGGUCUUCAGCGAGCCAGACCGUGAAGAUAUUCUUCGCUGGCUUGAAGAUGAGUAUAACGGCUUGCGGGCGUUUGAGCUUGGUACGCUCAGCACUUAUCUGGUGCCUCAUGCAAUGAAGAAGCAAUCUAGCAGAUGGGAAGCAAUUGCGUUAGGCUACAUUAGCGAUAUUAUCGCAGUUGUGAGCAUGUUCAUGGUCGACAUCCUUACCGACCUAUGCCCUAACCCCCGCGUGUCUCACGGCCUGAUGGCAAUCAUAACUGAUGAGCUUUAUGCGCAUUACCAGAAGGCGAUUGACCAUACUCGGUUCCUGGUGGAUAAUGAGCGCAGCGAUACACUCAUGACCCUCCAACAGUCAUUUACGGACAAUGCCUAUCUUCGCCCGGAGCUGAAACUGCAGAAGUUCAUCGCCGAGAAGACUUUCGACUACAGCAACAGCCCUCUCGGCAAAGUUGUGCGCGUGAACGACAUGAUGACUGUGCUGCCCCAUAUGAGCAGCACCCAGUAUACCGUACGUCAAAUCCAUGAUAUCCUCCAGUUGUACUACAUUGUUGCACGGGCACGCUUCAUCGAUAAUGUCUGCAUGCAAUGCACAAAUUACCUACUUCUUAAUGGGCCCUCCAAUCCCCUGAGGCUCCUGUCUGCUGCUCUCGUUUUUCGCUUGUCCGAAGUGCAAUUGCAGGACAUUGCUGGUGAUGAUUCCAUCUCGCAAAGAGAACGUCAGCAGUUGCAACAAGAAAUCGAAGAUUUUGAGGCUGCUCGCCGACUUCUGCUCUGA